GGGCCCCAACAACAUUUGAAGGUCAAGGACUGGAUUAAUCAAGAGAACAGAUGUUGGGACUCGAAUACUAUUAAGGGGCAUGUGUCCAAGGAAGAAUUAGAUGCGAUCUUGAGGAUCCCGAUAGGGGAGGAAGGAGCCGAAGACUUCUGGGCGUGGAGUCUGUCAAAAGAAGGAAUGUUCUCGGUUAAGACGGCUUACCACGCCUUCCACAAAGAAAAUACAAACUUCCAACCGACAGGAAGCGCUGACAAAUGGAAAUGGAUGUGGGGAUUGAACCUCCCACCCAAGCUCAAAUUCUUCAUCUGGAGGUGUUCAAGAAAUGGGCUGGCAACGAAAGCGAGGCUGUUUCACAGGAAAUGCGCCCCUAACCCGACUUGUCAAGUUUGCAAUAACCCAAAUGAGUCCCUCUUGCACUGUCUUUUAUACUGCCCUCAUGCAAAUGAAGCUUGGAGUUCUAUCUUCCCUUCUCUUCCUCUCCCUCCCCAGGAUUCCGCUUUCUUUGAUUGGAUCUGGGAUAUCAAGGAUGCUAUUUCACAUGAAGCCUUGAUCCAUAUCGUGUUCCUCUGCUGGAAUAUCUGGAAGGCUAGGAAUGAGCGCACUUUCAAGAAUAGAGUUCUUUGGCCCCCAAACGUCUGUUUGCAAACUUUUAGAGAACGCACUGAAUGGAGUUCCAUCCCGAGGCCCCCAUCUACAAAUGAUGCCUCUCCUACUCAGCUCAGGGGAACCCAUACCUCUACGAAUCCCCCGCCAAGUAAUCACCCUUUGAUGAUUCACUGUGAUGGGUCGUUCAUUAGCGACUCCCAGCCGGCGACAUAUGGUGUUGUGACUUCUAACCACCAUGGACAAGUGAGUGAUGGACGAGCUGAGACCUUUCUUUGUUCCACCCCGAUUGAAGCGGAAGCGAAGGCCCACUUGGAAGGUAUUAAAUUAGCACAAGAAUAUGGAACGGAAUGCACGGUUUUCUCUGACUGUCAGGAUCUGGUGAAAGCUUUGGAAAAAGAUUAUUCGGGAUGGCCAUGGCGGUGUGCGGCCGGGAUUGGCUUGAUGAUCAACAUCCUUAGGAAUAACCCGUUCAUUAAAGUCAAUCAGGUGCCGAGAGCUUUGAAUGUCAGAGCCGAUUGGGUAGCACGCUCUAAAGCUAGAUCUACUUUACCCGUGAACUGGAUUAGUAUUCUUGAUCUAAAAUCUGAUCUUCUUUAAGAAUGUAACCGGAGUUUCUCGUUUGUUUCGAUGUUGGAAUAAAAGAUGGUUUUAUUG